UAACAAACACUUCCCAAUCAAUCAAUUCAAUUCAAGUAACAACAAAUCCUCCUCCUCCUCCUCCUCUUCAAUCCCUUCAAUUAUUGACUCCAUUUUCUCAUACUCCUCCUUUAAAUCCCAACCCCAGUUUACACCAUCCACUUGUAGUCUUUUACCUCUUCUACAAUCCAAUAAUAUUAGUAGUUGACGUUUGGUUAGAAAUCAUAAAAUCGAAAUUAUAUAUAUAGAGAGAGAAAUGGGUGCCUGUGUUUCAUCGCAUCACAAAUCUUGUGCAAUGAAGGUCCACAUAUCAUCCGGGUCUGAUCGUAAACCUGAUAAUCACGUCGCGAUCAUACCUCAUUCGCCGAUUAAAGAAAAACUUCCGAUCAUCCAUGGCAAUCUUCCUGUUAAACCUCAGCUGCCUCCUCUUCAAUCAACCGAUGAAUCUCUCCAUUUUGGUAGUAAAGAUGAGACGUUUUUCGAUUCACAAGCAUGGUUAGAAUCCGACUGUGAAUCGGAUUUCAUGAGUGUAAAUGGAGAAUUUACACCAUCAAGAGGCAAUACACCGAUGCACGGUAACUUCGCUGCCACAACUCCACCAAUAAAGGGUGGCGCACCCGCCGUUAAUAGCUACAACGACAAGCUUUCUAUGGCCGUAUCUCAGCCAUAUACUUGUCCAAUAAAGAAGAGCAAGAGGCUUUCUGAACUUUUCAGUGAGAGUCCAAGAGUGAACCGUAACUUUGAUGAGGAAACUGUGGGUAGCCUUGAAGCGGCAGCAGUUCAUGGUGGUGAGUUAAAGCCGAAGAGAGAGAAAUGGGCGGAGAUUGUGCGGGUUCCAGGGUGCUUACCGAGGGUGCUUUCUAGUCGUAGGUUUGUAACUCAGCAAACGGGUGUAAGAGGAAAGUAAGCUUGAGCCUUUACCCUGCCCCUGACCGUGAUGCUUGGUUAUGAACCGGUUCUCAGAACUAUAAUCAAGAAUGUACAGAAACGAGAAGUGGUAUCUCGUAUAUCUAAUGAUUUUGUAACUCCAGUUAUACUCUUCUUAUUUUCUUAAUCUUUAAAUAUAACCAUGCAUAUUAAACAUAAUUGAAAUUUGUCACAUAACAUGACAUAACUAAACACGGAUGAUCCUAGCAUUGGAUCGGUUUAGUUCUUCU